AUGGAGGCCCUGCAGAGACAGCAGGCAGCCCGACUGGCCCAGGGGGUGGGGCCUUUGGCCCCUCCACGCCCACCACCACCACCACCGCCGCGGCCUUCCUUUCCUGGAUCCUGGACCCUGCAGGCCCCUGACGGGGGGUUUGGGGAGGUUGGAGCUGAGGAAGAGGAGGAUGCCCAAGAGGAUGAGGAAGGAGAGGAAGCUGGCACAGAAGAGGAGGCAGCCGAGGAGAGCCAUCCAGGGACCCGGGGCACCAGCUCACCUUCCAGCCAACCCCCUGGACCUCAUCCCCAUGAGUGGACCUAUGAGGAGCAGUUCAAGCAGCUGUACGAGCUCGAUGCAGACCCCAAGAGGAAAGAAUUUCUGGAUGACCUGUUUAGCUUCAUGCAGAAGAGGGGGACGCCAGUGAACCGUGUGCCCAUCAUGGCGAAGCAGGUGCUGGACCUGUACGCGCUGUUUCGCCUGGUGACGGCCAAGGGCGGUCUGGUGGAAGUCAUUAACCGCAAGGUGUGGCGGGAGGUCACGCGCGGCCUCAGCUUGCCCACCACCAUCACGUCGGCCGCCUUCACUCUACGCACCCAGUACAUGAAGUAUCUGUACCCGUACGAGUGCGAGACGCGGGCGCUCAGCUCCCCGGGGGAGCUCCAGGCCGCCAUCGACAGCAACCGGCGGGAAGGCCGUCGUCAAGCUUACACCAACGCCCCACUCUUCAGCUUGGCGGGGCAGCCCCCUCGGGCCACUCUUGGCCUCGCCUCGGGUCCCGGGACCGCCCCUCCCGCGCCCACGCCCGGCCCCCGCACUGCUCAGGGCUCCGCCUCCGGCCUGCCGGCCCACGCCUGCGCGCAGCUGAGCCCGAGCCCCAUUAAGAAAGAGGAGAGCGGAAUUCCAACCCCUCGACUGGCACUGCCUGUGGGCCUAGCCUUUGGAGCUGCGCGUGAGAAGUUGGCACCAGAGGAGCCCCCAGAGAAGAGGGCUGUACUGAUGGGGCCCAUGGACCCACCUCGACACGGCGCACCCCCCAGUUUCCUGCCCCGUGGCAAGGUUCCCCUGAGGGAAGAGCAGUUGGAUGGGCCUCUCAAUCUGGCAGGCAGUGGUAUCAGCAGUAUCAACAUGGCCCUAGAGAUCAACGGGGUGGUCUACACUGGCGUCCUCUUUGCCCGUCGCCAGCCCGUGCCAGCUUCCCAGGGCCCAGCCAACCCUGCACCCCCACCCCUGACAGGGCCCCCUUCCAGCGCCUCACCCUGAGAACUCACACCUGAAAUUGAGAGUCCCAACCCCAUUGCUGAGGGGGGAGGAGACACCCCUCCAACCCAUUCUUCCAAGGUGCCC